AUGUUAGACAAACUUUGGGAUGAUAUUGUUGCUGGCCCUCAACCAGAACGUGGCCUUGACAAGCUUAGAAAACUCACCACCAACGUCAAAGAUGAAGGAGCAAGUAGUCAAUUAAUGAGGAGCACGUCGAUUCCGACGACGCCGACGACACCGGUGACUCCGACAACACCUUCAUCGGCGCGUAAAGUUGACAACGUUUGGAGGAGCGUGUUCAAUCCUGGGAGUAAUUCUGCUACUAAGACAAUUGGUGCUCAUGUUUUCGACAAACCACUCCCCAACACCCCCACUGUCUACGAUUGGUACAUAAUCUCCUCUAUGAUUGGAUGUACAGUGGGGAUACAAGGAGCAAGCACCGUUGAUUACUGA